AUAAAAAAAUAAUAGGUAUGUGUGUAUAUAUAUUUCGUAGUACAUUCACACUCAUUGCAUUUCUGUUUGCUUCACAAAAAACGCCAGAUCACUGUCAAAUAAAAUGUCUUCCUGUUGUUUCGACAUUGUUUUCUGCCAAGUUCUUCAGUAUUUCUUCUACACAAAACCAUGCUCCCAGGCUGAAACAUUUGGUAUUCAAGAUAUUAUUUUAGGGAGAAAGAUGAAGACUGGUCAACAGGACAUUUUUUCCAAUUAAGGAUGAAAGUAUCUGCCCCCAGGAAUCAGUGGCCUAUACAACAGCUGUGAUACCAUACCUGGCAGGUUCCGGUUCUGUGUUAGAGAGGCUAAGCCGGGAACGACGAACCUCUCAGUUCCAGAGCAAGUAUGAGGGGCGUCACAAUGGUGGAGUGCCGUGCUUCACUGAAGAGCGAAGCAUGGAACGUGCAGCAAAGAGACUUGCAGAGAUGAAGAAGAAGUGUGAUGAGGACAAAAACAGAGAUCUUGCAUUUUAUUAUGUCGAUGACCAAGGCUUCUCUCAGUUCCCGGCCCACAUGUACCCAUAUGUCCUAAAACAAGAUGACUUCAACCACCGCUUGCAUGUGGCUCUUAGUGAAGGCACUUCAAACUUGUCCCGCAGCCUUAUGAGCAUGAAUGUUCGCACAAGUUACACCCAUGCAGCUCUCAGACAAGCAUCUCUUGCCACCUUCUACAACUUGCAAGAUCUCCAUCCCUCCAUCAAUGGCAACAGCUUUCACUUCCUGACCCAAGCCUGCAACUUGCAUGGCAAUAUGCAGCCUGGUCACAAUCAUCUGAGUCAGUCCGCAAACAGUGGUCCAACUGUAAGUGGCUGCAACCUUCAUACAUCCACGGCAAACGCCACCAUACCUGUUGGUGGAAAUAACCAAGACAACAGUCAAAACAGUUGUAGUGAGGACAGCAGUGACAGCACCGGGGAUGGGCUCAAGACACAGUCAAUGAUGGCACUGUCAGCCAGACGCACCCCAUACUACUCGGAUUUGGUUCGGCGUAGUUCAACACUGGCAACCUGGCCUGUCCAUGCAUCUAGAGUACAGAAUAAUCAUUCACUGACUGCUCCAGGUCUUGUGGCAAAACGCAUUGUUCGAUACAAGGCAGGUCAGGUCCCUGGCCGGAGUCCACCACUGCGUAGUUUUCAGCCCCACAGUCUCAGCACAGCACCCACUAUCAUUACUUCUACCAUCCAGCCAAUCAGUAGAGACCCAUUGCGCAACCAUGAUAACCAUCGCCAAACUCCAAUGGUAUCACAACCAGCUGUGGAUGAAAGAGAAGCUCCCUGUGAACGCACCCACCCUGGGCGAGGAUCAUUGAUACACUGUCUUCAAACACCAAAUAUCAGACAAGGUUUCAUAUGGGAAUAGGCAAAAACACUUUGA